AUGGAAAUAUUGUUUCAAAUGCAGGAUAAUUUAUUAGAUGUUGAAAGUGAAAAUAUUGGUAAACCGGCAGCACUUGCUGUGAAAAAUAAUACCGUAACAUAUGUAUCGAGAUUAGAUGUAGAAAGUACUCGGCAACGUUUAAAAGAAUUUCGUCGACGAACAUUACAAUUAGUUGAUGAAUGUUGGCCAUCAGGUGCUGGAACAAUUAAAGAUGUUGUAAAUUAUAUUGUUGAUAGAAAAAAUUAA